GCGUGCGCAGCGGGGGCGCGUCUCCGGACUGCUCCGCGUGUGGCUACCUGAGGAGCGCGGGAACCGGGCCGGCGCGUCGCCCCCGCCGCGGAGGGGCUGUAUCUCCCCACCGAGACCCCGAGCGCGGCGCCAUGGAGGUGGUGGAGGCCGCUGCCGCUCAGCUGCAGACUCUGAAAUUCGGGAGCGCCGGCGUCGCGGUGGCCCAGGGUCUGGCCGUGCCGGCUCCGGACCCCGCUCCGGUCGCUGCGCCGCGGGCGGACGAGGGGUGCCCGGACCCUGCGGGGGAGCAGCCGCCUCAACCCGCGCCACAGUCGCUCCCGGAGCCGCCUCCCGGAGGGAGCUGCCCGGAGACGUCGGACUCGGAUUCGGACUCGGACUCCGACUCCGACUCGGACAGUGAAACAGAUUCCGAUAGUUCAAGCUCCUCCUCUUCCUCCUCGUCAUCCUCAUCAUCUUCUCGUGUAUCACUUCCUCCAGUGCUGUCAGAUGGAGAAGAUGAUUUUCAAGUUGAGAAGGAAAAUAAGAACUUUCCUCUUAAAACAAAAGAUGAGUUACUUCUUAGUGAGCUACCUUCUGUUGAAGAACUCACUAUUCUUCUGCCCGAAGAUAUUGAAAUAAAGCCUCUUGGGAUGGUGUCAAGUAUUAUCGAACAAUUAGUAAUAAUUGAAUCUGUGACUAACAUUCCUCCAGUUAACGAGGAGACGGUAAUUUUUAAAAGUGAUCGACAGGCAGCAGGAAAGAUAUUUGAGAUAUUUGGACCUGUUGCACAUCCAUUUUAUGUAUUACGGUUUAAUUCUUCAGAGCACAUUGAGAGUAAAGGUAUUAAAAUAAAGGACACUAUGUAUUUUGCUCCAUCCAUGAAAGACUUCACCCAGUAUAUAUUCACAGAAAAACUUAAGCAGGAUAGGGGAUCGGAUGCGUCAUGGAAGAAUGAUCAAGAACCACCACCAGAUGCCUUAGAUUUCAGUGAUGACGAAAAGGAAAAAGAAGCCAAACAGAGGAAAAAAUCUCAGAUUCAGGGCCGGAAAAAAUUCAAAUCUGAAUUUAAUGAGCCAGGUGAGGAUCUGGCAGAAGUACAUCAAAACUGGAAUGUUCACAGCUCUGCUUCAGAGCAUUCAAAAGGCUAUCGCAACAGAGAGUUCCCAGGAGGAUUUUCCCGGGGGCGGUACCCGAGGCCCUGCCCUGGCGGGCCCACGCCCCCGCAGUUCUACAGCGCAGAGCCGGCGGUACCUCAAGAGACUUCAGGAUUUCCGCCUCCCAGGCAGGACGGCCCCGUGAUGCCGCAGUACCCCUUCCCGCCUCCAGUCUUUGACAUGCGUCCCUUCUCACUCCCGCCUCCCCCUCCGCCCCCGCCGCCCGCAUCCGCGCACGUGGCUUGGGCUGCGCCCCCCCUGGCCCCUCACCCCUUACUGCCCUUGCCCUACGCCCUGCCCCCGCCCCCGCCGCCGCCGCCCCCCUCCUCCGGAGACGGCAGCUCUCCGCCUUUCGGGCCUUACUAUUAGGCGGGUGUGUGCACUUCCUGAGAAAUGUGGACUUUCUCUAUUAUACGGGAAGGAUUUUUUUUUUUAAAGAAAGAUUAUGGAGCUAGAUUUUUAAAAUGUUGUAAAUUACUGAAUGAUUCCUUCAGCUGUAAGUUGAUGCAUAUUGUAACCUUUGUGAAAUUUAUGAAAGAUUAACUUUAGACUUGCAGAGGGGGGGAAUCCAAUUAUGUGAUACUUAAUUAAAACUUUGAACCUUGCCCACAGUAUAUACUGUAGACUUAAUAGUAGAUCUGGGGCAGCUUUCAUCAUGUAUUAAAAUAUGCUGAACGUACAGGUUGUCUUCUUGGUAAAUCUGACAGUAAGAUGUUGAAAUGCUAUUGAGAGUCUUUAAAAUAAACUAUUUUUAUAAACUUA